GUCAGAAGGAGGCCCAAUUAUGUUCCAGAAGCUUCUGCUGAGUGUUUUCAUAAUUCUCCUUAUGGAUGUAGGAGAAAGAGUGCUGACAUUUAACUUGCUUAGACAUUGUAAUCUGUGUUCGCAUUAUGAUGGGUUUAAAUGCCGCAAUGGCAUGAAAUCAUGCUGGAAGUUUGACUUAUGGACACAAAACAGGACUUGUACCACAGAAAACUAUUAUUAUUAUGAUCGUUUCACAGGGUUAUACCUUUUUCGUUAUGCCAAACUUAAUUGUAAACCCUGUGCACCUGGAAUGUAUCAAAUGUUCCACGACCUGCUGAGAGAAACAUUUUGCUGUAUUGACAGGAACUACUGUAAUGAUGGCACUGCUAACUUGGAUACCUCAUCAAUACUUAUAGAGGAUAUGAAUCAAAAGAAAGAGUUGAACGAUGAUUGAAAUAAUGAGGAUUUAAAUACCUCAUGUGCCUAUAUUCUUGACAAUUAUAAAACCCAGGCCCCAUACUCCUCUCUAUGUCAGUAAAUGUUCCCAUGCAAACCCAGUCUUUUUUAUUUCCACAUUUCAAAUAAUAAGAAAGAGAAAACUCACAAGUAAAAACAAAACAAAACAAAACAAAUCAAAAAACAAAAACAAAAACAAAACAAAACAAAAAAAACCUCAGUUCUGUCUCUGGUGUAUGUUCUAGUUCUGGUUACUGCCUACUUAGCUUCAUUUAUGCUUAUGUUCUGAUGCUCAACUGUAAAAUAAACAUUGCAAAAAGGGACAUUUUUCUGAUAGAUCUUCAUGUUGAGGACCAAGGAAAUCAGCCUACAUAGAAACAGGUCCAAGGAAUAAUAUUUCCAGAGGAAUGACUGGCAUAGGGUAAAAGAUGUAGAGGGAGGGUUUGUGUUACUCAGAGCUGGAAAGACAAUGAAAAGUUAGAAGGCUUUCUAAAAGUUAAAUUCAAAGAAUAGUCAGUAUAUUUGAUGAAGUUCUAAUGCCUACCACCAUUUGGGGGAAAUCAUCUGGCCAUAGCUAUUCCUGUACACUCACCUCUUGGCCAUGGUAUUUCUAUCCACUUUACUAUGCUCUCAUAGUCAAAGAAAAACAUGUCAAGAUGAAAAAUAUGUUGAAUACAAGUCACCCACUCUAAUCUGAAGAGGCAAGUGUGAAAUGCAAGUCUUCAGGAUAUUUUAAUAUAAUAUUGCAUUUAGGGAAUCAAUGAUGAGAUGUAGGUUAUAACUAUCAACAUAGCUUUGUAACAGAAAAUGUAAUGGUCAGAAAGACUUUUUGAAAACUCCUGUAAUUUGGAAACAUAAUUAACCAUUUACAAAGAUUUAUCAGCCACUGACUUUAAAUUUCCUUUGUUAGCAUGUUAACUCUCCCACAUUUUAGAUUCUAAAUACCUAACUAUAUUUUAACCAUGUAAUCACAUAUACAAAUCCAAUAUUAUCUCAGAUAUAGCAGAAGUAUCCCUCUGUAAUUUAAUCAUUGUGGUUUCUUAUUAGUAUCUACCAAGUUAUAUUUAUGAAAGUAGAAUAAAAUCUUUAGAUCUCGAACUUAUUUUCGAAACACUUGAAGUAUAAUUAAGGCCGUAUUUGCCCAACUAUAAUAAUAAUAAUAAUAAUAAUAUAGAAAUUAGAAUUUAACUUCAUGUCAUGUGGGAAAUAUGGAGAUAAUCCUUCAUUUGGAUUUGAAUAAUUUUUUAAUUUCUUAAUUU